GGGCUCAGGCUCCGAUGCGGCCGCUGAUUGGCUGCUGAAGGCUUGGUCCCAUCCCAGUGACCCCAAAGUGCUGGAGGGAGGGGGCGGGGGUGGCCCAGUGCAAAGUGCAUCCCGAAAACCCCCUGCCUGGAGCCCCCGCGGCUGGCACUUCGGACCCUGUAUGACCCGGGACCUCGCUGCCCCGAGACCUGCUGUGUGCCCCCGUAGCCGGGAGCCUCCGGCCCGGAGCGCGGCAGCCCCUGCUCCGAGCCCUCAGACCAGGGCUGCCCCCCCACUCGAGCCGGGACUUCCUCCCUGCACCCCUGCCCCGAGGCUGCCCGGCGGUCAGGACCGUCGCCCCAGUUCUGCUCGACUGUCCGGAUGCUCGCUGGGCUGGGGCCGUGAGGCACCGAGAAGGCUCAGGAACACCCGUGUCCGGCCCUGCCUGGAGUGUUUGUUCAAUGGAGAAGUUGGUGAGUGUGGAGAAGGCUGAAAGGAGGAAGAGAAGCAGCAGCUGAGGAGACAGGUUUGAGCUGGCUAGAGGAGACGAGAGAGCAGGGAGGGGUCAAGCCACCCACCAGAGAAGCAGCAGAGAGCCUCUGACCAGCAUCCUCUAUAAAGGUUAAAGCUCAUUCACGCUGCAGUCUGGACACACUCUGAGCCUCCUCCUCACAAUGCUGUAUGUGCACAAUGGUUAUUAGGCAAUCCACGUAUCAGGAAAAGGGACAUUCUUCCAUAAGGCUGUUCCCUGUGACCUAAUGAAUCCUUUGUAAAAAGUGGACUCAGCUAGGAUGUUACACCACCAUUGUCGAAGGAACCCUGAACUCCAGGAAGAAUUGCAGAUUCAGGCUGCAGUGGCCGCUGGGGAUGUUCACACAGUACGGAAGAUGCUAGAACAAGGCUAUUCUCCCAAUGGCCGGGAUGCUAAUGGCUGGACCCUGCUUCAUUUCUCUGCAGCAAGAGGGAAGGAAAGAUGUGUUCGGGUAUUUCUAGAACAUGGAGCCGAUCCGACAGUUAAGGACUUGAUCGGAGGCUUCACUGCUCUUCAUUACGCAGCCAUGCACGGCCGGGCCCGGAUUGCACGCCUGAUGUUAGAAUCUGAAUACAGGAGUGACAUUAUUAAUGCCAAAAGCAAUGAUGGCUGGACUCCCCUCCAUGUGGCUGCUCACUAUGGUAGGGACUCAUUUGUCCGACUCCUACUGGAGUUCAAGGCUGAGGUCGACCCGCUCAGCGAUAAAGGCACCACCCCCCUUCAGCUCGCCAUCAUCCGAGAGAGGUCAAGCUGCGUGAAGAUCCUCCUGGACCACAAUGCCAACAUCGACAUCCAGAACGGUUUCCUCUUGCGAUAUGCUGUGAUCAAAAGCAAUCACUCUUAUUGCCGAAUGUUCCUUCAGAGAGGAGCAGACACAAACUUGGGUCGCUUAGAAGAUGGACAGACUCCUUUGCAUUUGUCUGCCCUUAGGGAUGAUGUGCUUUGUGCACGGAUGUUAUAUAACUAUGGAGCGGACACAAACACAAGGAACUAUGAAGGACAGACCCCAUUGGCUGUUUCAAUAAGUAUUUCUGGAAGUAGUCGACCGUGUUUGGAUUUCUUACAAGAAGUCACAAGACAGCCCAGAAACUUGCAGGACCUGUGCCGAAUUAAAAUUCGACAAUGUAUAGGCCUUCAAAACCUAAAGCUACUUGAUGAACUACCAAUUGCCAAGGUCAUGAAAGACUACUUAAAACACAAAUUCGAUGAUAUCUGAUGUACACAGAACUGUGAGCAAGAUUAGGAGUUAUAUUCCAGAUACUUAAAAGGCUUUUUGCCUUGCACAAAGUAUAUCCUAUGCAAUUUCUGAUUUGCUGUGAAGUCAGAAAGCAGGUAUACACUUUUAGGUUUUUUGAUUGUUUGUUUGUUUGGUUUUCAUGGUAGGGGAGGGAUUUUUUUUUUAUAUAUAUAAACACACACACACACACACACACACACACACCACAUGCUUGAAGGUCUUAAUUUGGUUUCUUGGUCCAAGUUUAAGAGGUCCAAGCUUUCUAUACAAUAUUGCAUUUACGAAAAUUGUUUUUCCAAAACAACACAAGCAGCGUUGGAGUGGAGAAUUUCCCCUUUCCAAAUGUAUGGUUUCAUGGGCGUGCACGACAUUAUAAACCAGCAGAGCACUUGUUAAGGUUUGGAGGCACAGUUUCACCCGGGGGGGUCCUGGGUUCUACUGGAAAAUGCCCUAAGAAAUUUUUAAAGUAACUCUGUCACCUCAUUCAUUUUUAAUGAGUACAAAUUGGCUGUUUGAAACUGUUCCUUUCCUAAUUAAUGUAGCUCUUGGAUGACAUAAAUCCAGUACCUCUGCUUUCCUGUUGGUGUGCUCUUGUUUUUAACUUAUUUUUUUUAACAACUGUAGUACACUACCCAGAGACAUUGGGUCUCAAUUCUGUCUCUCGUUGAAUCGUGCUUUUAAAACAAUUAAUGGAAACAAAAAUAACUUUAUAAAGCCAGUGUAUUCUGUUUUUAAAACAGUGCCUCCCGUGCAAUACUCUUUCUGGUGUAUUUUAUCCAUUAUUUCACUCAAUGUUUCUCAUUCCACAGCCAGCUUUGACAUGCCCGUGAGAACAGGAACCGCCACUUUAAUUUUAAUUGCAGGACCAUAGGAUGUCAGGUGCCAUUUCCAUUGUAAGCUUUGUCUUUUACUUCACUUUAAGCAGAAAAUUUCAUAUCCUGGUGGUAGAGUCUUCCCUAAAAAUAACCCAAAAUAUUGUUAAGCCAUUUGGCUUUAACAGUUAAAUAAUUUGGGGGUGGUUUCGUGGUGUUUUUUGUUUUUGUUUUUUUUCCUUCUUCCCAGUUAAAAAAAUUUCUAAAGGGUACAAUUUCUAAUGGGUGCACAUUUGUAAGUCUGGUUAAUUCCUAAUAGGCUAAUUCAACACUUCCUAUCUAUUUUAAGGUUAUGCACAGUGAAGCUCUUCUGGACAGUUAUUUUAUUUUCUGGGUUGAUUGGGCAUAUGUUUGCAGUGUAAACACAGUUAUGAUAAAGUGUCAGUAACAGUGGGAAAGGUUCCAGAGACAUUAGGGAUCUACGCUGAUGCCCUCGGAAAUGUGUUCUGUGCUUAUUAACAUGCCAUCAUUUUAGUUUCAGAAGAACCUUUUCAAAUAUCCCAGUAUUGUUCUCAGUGCUUUGGGCGAUUUCAAAAUAUUUAUGCGCUAGAAAUAAAUUUGUUAUCAGACGUUUACAAGAUAAAGGGCUUCUUUUGUCUGAAUUUCUAGUUUUGAGUCAUUAAGUAUAAAACUACUUCACCUGGAAAGUAUAACUAAGCAGAAUUGAGCAUCUACUCUGGCUUUACCUUUUUUUAGAGAGCCAGCAGGGAUAUCUAUCUCUCAAGCACAGAGUCAGUUCCCUAGGAUGCCGAGUAGCUUUGGCAUUGGUAUAUUGGAUCUGCUCGUGCCUAGGCAGUGCCCAGGUGCCUGAAGAACGGGCAGCUCCGGAAAAAGAAUGAUUCAGGGGGAUUGCUGAUGGGGUACAUAGACUCUUUUGCAGGGAGCCAGUAAUAGUGUGGCCAAUUUGGUAACCAUUCCAAGACUAACCGGAGCCUGAUGGAUAGAAAUGGGUGGUCUCCCAUCUCCAGAAUGUCAUCUUCCGAUAGAGAGUCCCUCAUGCAGCUGAGCUGUGUUCUCAUCCUUUCUACCAGUACCCAAGUCAGAAGUGAGACAUACUUGCAGUGUCAGGAAUGUGCAUGGCCAGAAAUGUAUUGUGUGUUACUUCCCCGUCAAACCCCAGGCCCGGGGAGACAAGGAGCUGGGAGGGCGGGCGCCCGGGACCCUGUACUCGGAGCAGUGCUAGUAACGUUACCUUCACACAGGGCUUAAUUCCUCAAAACGUGUGUAUUCAUUUAUUCAGGUAGAUGAAAAUGACUUCCUUUCCCCAGCCAUUCAGAGGUUUCCAAACUAAGUUAGCCACUGAGUUUGAGUCAGGGAGUUCCAAGUAAAAAGAUCAGAUUAAGGUAAAUUCUUUGUUCUGCAUUGCUGCUGCGACUUCGGAAAAAAAAAAAAUUAUGAGAGCUCUUCCUUGGAAUUGAAAUUUCUAUUUAAUGAAGAAGUGUAUAAUUCCAUUAUUUAUUGUUGGAGGUGUGAUUUACCUGGAAACUUAAAAAGAAUGUUUUAUUUUUGUUAGUAAAAUCCCAAUCACAUAUCCUGUUUAACCAAAACUAAAAUUUUAGUCUCAAAGGUGAUAACCAGUAGAACAUAGGGAUCAACGUGCGGGUCCACAUUUGAAUUUAAUUGGCAGAGACGCAUUCGGUGGUCACGUAACGAGUAGAGAGAACAAGUUAUUUUCCAAAAAUCGAUUGAUUGGUUUUUCCAGAAUCUUCACUGAAACGUUCCGAAUAUCAUCAGAUUUGUCGCUGACCCUUCCAUGUUCCUUUUGAAAUUUAUUGUUUAAGCCUAUUACUAAACCUUUAUGAAAGUAUAUUUGGCAAGUACACCAAAGAAACCAGCUCAUAAAAGAUUAUGAUCAUUAAUGAACUGCAAACCUCAUCUUUUGAAAACAGAUUUUUUUUGUGUGUAAAUAUUUGUGUUUAUAAAUGUACAGCAGAGUUAAGAGUGUUUUUUAGAUUAUUUAAUUCCCAUAUUUCUAAACUAUUUACUACAAAAUAACCCACGCUUGUUAGUUUGGAGGACUUGACUGUUUUGUUUUUUUUUAAUUCAUUAUCCGUAAUGCUUGGAACAGCAUUUCCGCUAGAGAAUUCAUUGUUCUGGCAGUGGCAAGAGUACACAUCUGGAGCAUGAGGAGUCUAGAGUGAUUUGUCAGAUGCGCACCCUAAGAGACAAGAAUGUAUAGUUUCAUUACCAGAGUGGACCAUACACAAAUAGAGAUUCUAACUUUUCCUGCAGAGUCGCUCAUUAGCCCAGAAUGUGAUUGGGAUGAGGCCCUUUGCCCACAAAUUUAGCUUUCAUGUAACUCCUAGUGUGUUAUAUCAUAAUGUAUUUUGUUCUUCCUUUGUAAUGUAAGUUUUGCUUUGGGUCAAUUUGAAUUAAAAAAAAAAACUUAAAUCUGGUUUAAAA